AUGGAGAGCCUCCCGGCACGGCUGGCCCUGCUCGGGGCACUGGUGCUGGCAGGUGGGCUCUGCAUAAACCAGGAGGAACGGCUCAUCCACCACCUCUUUGAGGAGAGGGGCUAUAACAAGGAGGUGCGCCCCGUCGUCUCCAUUGACCAGACUGUGGAUGUCUACCUGGCUCUCACCCUCUCCAACCUGGUCUCACUGAAAGAGGCUGACGAGACGCUCACCACCAAUCUGUGGAUUGAACACGGCUGGACUGACUACCGCCUGCAGUGGAACGAGUCUGAGUUUGGGGACAUCAAGGUGCUCCGCCUGCCACCGGACAUGCUGUGGCUGCCAGAGAUUGUCCUGGAGAACAACAAUGACGGGCUCUUCCAGGUCGCCUACUACUGCAACGUGCUUGUCUACAACACGGGCUACGUCUACUGGCUGCCGCCCGCCAUCUUCCGCACCACCUGCCCCAUCAAUGUGGACUUCUUCCCCUUCGACUGGCAGAAUUGCACCCUCAAAUUCAGCUCACUGGCAUACAACGCUCGGGAGAUCAGCAUGCACUUGAAAGAGGAGAGUGACAUGGAGACGGGCAGGUACUACCGGGUGGAGUGGAUCAUCAUCGACCCAGAAGGCUUCACAGAAAAUGGAGAGUGGGAAAUCAUCCACCGCCCAGCCCGCAAGAACAUCCAUCCCAACAACCCCCCUGAGAGCAACGAACACCAGGACAUCACCUUCCACCUCAUCAUCAAGCGCAAGCCGCUGUUCUACGUCAUCAACAUCGUCACACCUUGUGUCCUCAUCGCCUUCAUGGCAAUCCUUGUCUUCUACCUGCCUGCUGACAGUGGUGAGAAGAUGACGCUGGUGAUCUCCGUGCUCCUGGCCCAGUCUGUCUUCCUCCUGCUUGUCUCCCAGCGCCUACCCGCCACCUCUCAUGCCAUCUCCCUCAUUGGCAAGUACCUGCUUUUCGUCAUGCUGCUGGUGACAGCUGUGGUGGUGAUUUGCGUUGUGGUCCUCAACUUCCAUUUCCGCACUCCCAGCACCCAUGUUAUGUCUGACUGGGUCAAAGAGGUCUUCCUGGAGACCCUGCCCCAUCUGCUGCACAUGUCACAGCCAGCUGAGAGCCCGGCAGGUGCCCUGCGCAUCCGGCGCUGCAGCUCAGCCGGCUACAUCGCCAAGGCGGAGGAGUACUUCAGUGUCAAGUCCCGCAGUGAGCUCAUGUUCGAGAAGCAGUCGGAGCGGCAUGGGCUGGCCAGCCGUGUCACCCCUGCCUGCUUGGCACCACCUGGCAUGGACACUGACCAUGAUCAGAUCUACGAGCAGCUGAAGCCGGCCAUCGACAAUGCCAACUUCAUCGUGCAGCACAUGCGGGAGAAGAACAGCUACAAUGAGGAAAAGGACAACUGGUACCGUGUGGCCCGCACUAUGGACCGGCUCUGCCUCUUCCUCGUCACUCCCACGCUGGUGGUGGGCACCCUCUGGAUCUUCCUCAUGGGCAUCUACAACCACCCCCCACCACUGCCCUUUGCUGGAGACCCCUACAACUACCGCGAGGAGAACAAGCGCUACAUCUAG